CGGAUAGUGAUCGGCAGUGCUGACUGCAACGUGAUAGAGAUAGAUGACACCCUGGAUGACUCAGAUGAAGAUGUGAUCCUGGUGGAGUCUCAGGACCCUCCACUUUCAUCCUCUGGGUCUCCUCCCCCCAGAAGCAGAGCCAGACCUCAGGAUCAAGUGGUAGUCAUUGAUUCCCCCAAUAGUUCCCAGGCGCAAUCUCCUUCCACCAGUGGGGGUUCUGGAGAUAAAAAUGAUGGCCCUGGGGAUAUUUGUAGAGCCAGGAAGCGAAAAUACACAACCCACUCUUCAUAUUGUGGCAAGGAGGACCACUCGAAGGAAACCUGUGACAAGAGCAACAAGGCUGAGAUGUUUGAAAAUCUGGUCAUGACCCUGCAGGAGCUCACACAUAGGGAGGAGGAGGGGUCAAGAGAGGCUCCUGACCAAUCCAAUGACCCUUCUGAGCUACAGUGAGGUGCUAGUCUUCAGCCUUAAAUGAACCCUUAAGCUAUAUUCAGAGCUUAGUGAUGGGAAAACUGAGGGAGGGGGCUUCUAAUUGCAUGAAUUAAUCCACAAAGCAGCUUUUUUUCGGGUGCAGGAGAAAGGGUCUUGGAUAUAAGAAAGGUGGCCUGUCCUCUGUCCUUGCUCCCCACUCCCACCUCUGCUGCCUAAGGGUCUAUUUUCUGUGUGUGCUCAUUUCCUUGAUGGCUUUAUUCUCUUUAUGAAAGUGGUAUAAUUCACUGCUAAAUCUUCGAACAACAAAAAUACAAAAAGUCAAGUACAAAUUAGUCCAAAUCUCCCACCUUUAUAUAACCAUUGUCAACCCUCUGAUGACUAUCCUUCUAGAUAUUUCCCUAUACCUAUGUACCCAGAUAGAUACAUGUACAGAUAAAAGUGUCAAAUAUAAGUGCUGUUCUAUAGUCUGUAUUUUUUCACCAAUUUGUUGUGGGCUUCUUUCUAUGUCAAUAAAUAUAUAUCAGCAUCGAU